ACGCGACGUAACCCUCUCCUCAUUUCGUCGUCUUCCAUCUUUUCUUCUCAUGGCUGCUACCUAUCAUGCGCCUCUCUGCUUAUCGUGCGCCUAUCCCAUGGCGGACGACCCCUCAGCUUCUCAAUCCCCCAAUCCGACCAAAACCCAUCUCCCAAAUCACUUCCUCUCCUGCUCACGUGCUUUCAGUGCUCGGUCCUCUCAUUCUCAGCGCUUCAUCCCGAUCGAGAGGAAGAGGAGGCGAAGUGUCACGUGCGUGUUCUCAAAUUCACCUGAAGUGAUCACUGCAUGCUCUUGGAACCAACUGGUUCUCUGCAGCGACAUGCCAGUUGUCGUAGAGUUCUGGGCUUCUUGGUGCGGGCCCUGCAGGAUGGUUGCUCGUGUGAUGGAUGAAAUAGCCCGAGAAUAUUCCGGAAGGAUCAGAUGCUUCAAGCUCAACACCGAUGACUACUCGCAUGUCGCAGACUCUCAUGGCAUUGAGCGAGUCCCCACAGUUCUGCUGUUCAAGAACGGAGAACAGGUAAAGAGCAUUACUGGAACUUUGCCCAAGUCUGUUUAUGCCAAUGCCAUUGAAGAACUGUUAUCUGAUUAAGGGAAUGGAUCUUUGAGUUUUAUUUGGGCCCUUUUCAUGAAAUUUUUCGUGGACUGGGAAACCUUUUGAAGAUAUCGAAUCCAAUUCAACGAUAUUUAUUAUGUUGUUUGGAUUCUUAUAUGGAAUUAUACUCUAAAUUUCGUUAUCGUUGGCAAUUACCCAUUGAUAUUGAUGUGCCGAUUCUUCAAACGAUUGAUGAAACCAAAUUGUUGUAGUCGAACUUUGCAUCGUUGAUCUUAACUAUUCUGGGAGUAUUUUAUCUCGCCGUUAUAUGUUUCUCUGGCAUGAGAACAGAUUAUUCUGUAUUUUUUCUGAUCAAUUACAAUAUUUUUAUUUUU